GUGAGAGUAAUUCGAGAGGGAGGGCGAACCCUCCCCGCUCUCGGCCAUACCAGGGCAUUUGGGGGCCCGCGAAAGAGACCUCAGAAUUGUAAGUUUUCGGGCUGAGGUCUCUAAAGAGAAUAAUGCCGGAGCCACCAUUAGUGCAGCAUGAAGCCAUUUAAAUAGGCUUCGGAUGUUACACACAUAAGUCAAAAGUCCUAGUGGCGGUUGACCUGAUCAGUGCAAUACAUCGGGAUCAUAAUCUAUCAAUGCAGUUGGUGUAGUAAAGUGAGAACUACGUUGGAAACCAGUUUCUGUGCAAUUGGACUAUCUCACUCUGAAUGAUCUGCUUUCAGUUAAUGGUUCUGCCGGUCUUUAUAAUAUUAAACAGAAAACUUUAGUCACUUGAAAUUACUGGUUGGUGACUGUUAUAAUAGAAAUGGAUCUUUCGGUUCAGAACAAAGUGAUCAAGCAUUUAGAAGAAAUAGAAGAAGCUGGUGAAAUGGUAUUAGCUAAGCAACAAGAACGCAUAGUUUACGACAGGAAUCGGCAAAAAUCACGUGAAGCUGUUCGAAAGCUAAUGCAAUUGGAUUCAGAAAAUAAACAAUGGGCGUGCUUAUCUGACCAGUUCUUUCUGUUCCCAUCUGUUGGAUUAAGGAAAGCAAUUGAGGAGGAUAUUAAAGUUUACGAUUCUGAAAUUCAGAAGUUAAAUCACCAAUUAAAGGAAGACAUUAAUUGGUUACAUGAACUUGAAGGUAAAGAACCCCUCAAAGGAUUUGACUUGUUGCCAUUAAAAAAUUGAAAACCGUAAUACUUAACAUGUGUACAAAUCAAAAUAAAAGCGUGUAUCUUUCUGCUUC